AUGAAAAAGAAAGUCAAUAAGAGUAAUAAUAAGAGUAAUAAUAAGAAGAUUAAAAAGGAUAAGAAUAAUGUAGAUAAUAAUGAAGAAGAUAUUGAAGAUAGAUAUGAAGUAGAUGAAAAUAUUAAUAAUGAAGUAUCAUCAUCUGAAUGUUCAAAUCAAUCGUUUUACUCGAGACUGUUAAAUAGAUAUAGUUUUAUAGAUCAACCUUUACUAUUUGAUACAAUAGUUAAUAAAUCACAACAACCGCAACAACAAAAAAGAACAAGACAAUCGAAUAACAAUGAAAGAAUCAUUAUUCAAGAUAUAGUUAAACAAUUUCAUAGGAGACAUCAAAAUACUAUUAAAAAGCAUAAUGAAGGUAUUAGAUUACCUCGUCAUCAUAAUCAUUUAGAUCGUCGUAAUCGUCAAGAGGAUAGCAAUAUAGAAGAUGAUUCAGAUUAUGAUGAUGAUUAUUACUUUGAUGAAUAUGAUGAAACAAGUGAUACAUUUGAUACAGAUUAUGAUUCAAACACUAUCGAUAGUGAUUUUGAUGAUUCUUCAUCUACUUCAAAUCAUCAUCAUCAACCUCUAAUAUCACAAAAUAAUCAAUUCAUGUUAGAGUUUGGUAACUUUGGUCAAAUUGAUAAUAAUAAUAAUAACCAUUUGUUAGAAUUAGAGUCAAUGGAAAGAAAGAUUAAAAGAGAUUUAAAGAGAAAGAGAAAAGAACCACAAACUAUAUUAAAAUCAACUAGAAUGGUUUAUGGUCUAUUAAAUACAUGUCCUACAUUUCAACUUGUCAAAGAAAAAGAUAAAGGAGAGGAAAAUGAAGAAAAAGAGGAUGAAGAGAUGAAUAUCGAACCUCCAAUAUUACUAUUAACUUCUUCGAGUUGUCCCGUCAUUCCACCUUUAAAUAUUAAUCAACCAACAUCAACUACUACAUCAACUACAACUACAAAUUCAAUCAUUCCAAAAAUUAAACAAUCUUGGAAUAUUAGUCAACAACCUCAACCACAACAACAACAAUCACAACAACAACAAUCACAUACACAAGAUAAUCAAAAUAAUAAUAAUUUAAUAAUAACAAAUAUAAAACAUGAUAAAGAUAAAUAUAAAGAACAAAUGGUUGAAAUGAGAGCAAUGCAUUCAACACUUCGUAGAGUGGUGUUGGAUUUGGCGUCAAAGAAUCAAAUCGAGAUACUGCAAGAUCCGUGUAGUUUGUGGGCACAUUUUACAAGUCUACCGGAAUUCAAGGUGUUUGGUGGCUGCACUGCAAAGAAUAAUAUUAAAACUGGGCUCUAUCUAACUGAAGUGUUGAUAACCCUAAUGAAUCAACCAGAAGACCUAGAAGAACAACAACAAUUAGAAGAAGAACAAAUUGAAAUGGAAGAAUUUUUAAAUCAAGAUGAAUGGAAUAUAGAUGAUCGACAAGAAUUUGGAAACGAUGACAAAACCAUAAAAACACAACUAGAAGAAGAAGAUGAAGAAGAUGAUGAUAAAGAAGGUAGUGGUGGAUGGGAUUUAAAUCAAUCAAAAUUGGUACCCUUGAAAGAAUGGAAAAAAGAGGAACGAAAAAGUGAAGAACAAUUGGAAGAUGAAAGAAUGGGUUGUUUGGACGCAAUGAAAUCAGGUGAUCAGACAAUACCACCUAUAUUCAAUUCAAGUGGUAUGAUUGAUUUAUUUUCAAAUACUUUGGAUAGUGUCCCAACACAUGAAUCUCUCGGGAUGAUAGUACGUGAUUUAAAGGAUUAUCUCAGACCGAUUAUAGCAGAUUUGGUUUCAACCGACCAUUCUCAACUUAUUACAAGACAAAGAGUUGUAUGGUCAAUACAAACAACUAAUUCGAAUCCCAUCACCAACAACACAACAAAUUCAGAUUGGUAUCCAACCAAACAAUAUUUCAAUCUUUUCAAACAAACUGAAGAGAAACCACAUCCCUUUAUCGAUUUCUAUCAAUUAGCAAAGGAAAAGGAGAAGUUAUUACAUUUUCAAAAUAAUGAAGAAUUGGAAAUGGACAAUGAUUUUGAAGAGGAAAAUAGUAGUAUUGACAGCAGUGAUGAUGAUGAACCAACCAAACCAAAACCAAAACAAGAAACUAAACCAAACAGAAAUUAUAAAGCACCUCCUCCCCCUCUUCCUCCCUCUUCAUCUGAAUCGUCUCCAUCGAACGAACUACCUCCUAUAUUUCCACCACCUCCUUCUAAACCAACAGGUCACAGUAGAAUUCUACUUCAUAAUAACUAUUCAAAAUAUACAAAACAACAACAACAAAACAACAACAACAAUAAUAAAACAAAAAUGGAAUAA